AUGUCUAUGCUGCUCAAAUUUGUCGCUUCCUUACGCUCUGUUUACUUGUAUCUGCAAGAGAGACUCCCAUCUCUUAAUGUGGACUCAGUAUUCGCUAGCUCAAGAUCGUCUACUUCGACCGAAGACAAUGCCAAUACUUUUCUUGUUUUGAGACAGCGUCUUGAAGAAGGCUCUCUCGCUUCUCCUCAAGCAUCCUCCACAUGGUGGGAUACAUGGGAGAAGACUCUGGAUUGGUUUAUUAGGUUCUGGCGCUACUGCAAGCCCGAAUUGGUCCCGGGACCAAUCACGCAAACAAGAAGGGGUUCCUUUUUGCAGCCACCAUUUCAUCAUGCCGCCAGAAGACUUAUCAGCAAGGUUUCUUCUGGAAUUGCUUCUAGAAUUAACUGGGACCUUCCUGGAGUCUGCAAGUACUUGGAAUGUAUGGGUAAAAAUGUUGUGGCUUGUAAUUGGCUUAUAGGCACAAAUGCAAAUAGGUUGGAAAUGAUUGAUGAAGAGUUAUUUCUCUUAGGAGCUUUCUCCAACGAGAGAUACUUUUCUGAAGUCAUUGACUUAUCAAGUAGUCCACUUCAUUAUGAAAUGGGGCUCAGUCUUUUUACUCUGAACCCUUAUUCGUAUCUGGGUGCUUCUUGGAUUCCUCACCAACAAGAGCCAGGUUUGGUCAUGGUAAAGAAGGAAAAGAAAUUUGCUCCCGAUACCAGGUUAGCUUCAUUGGUUUAUCUUCCAAAGAUUACCGUGAUUAUGAGUUACUCUAGUAUUGGGAACUCAGAGUUGGAACCUUUCCAACUGUGGUUGAGUGCAAACUCAAAGUUCGAUGAAUUUAUUGGAACUAUUGACUUUGAGCCCUUUCCUUCAAUGAUACAGGAAAAGCUAAAUGUUCUAUCACUUGAGUACUUGUGGUAUUCUGAAGAGUUAUUCUUAAACGAGGACAAUCUCAACAAUUUUAAAAUUGAAGAGGUAACUUCUCCUUUUGGGAUAUUCUUUGAGGAAUCUCCAAGUUUGUUGGACUCAGCUCUGGAUCUGAUCUUUAGCUCAGAGGGAACAUCUGGAACUUCGGAUUCUUCUCAAUGCAACACUAUUCAAUCUUUGGCUGAUAUCAAGCCAGUUGGAUUGAAUUACUCACUUGAUAAAUACUAUAGAUUGGAGAAUUUGAAACUUCAAUUCUCAGCAAAGCUAGAAUCAAUGGAGAAGACCAAAAAUCUUCUUGGCCAAGUACAUGAAAGUACCUCUAUAGGACAGCUUGUUUCCAAGAAACUCCUUGAACAGGUUCAACUCAGCUCUGUGCUUGGACCACUCAAGAUUGAAACCCUUCUUGCACUUGUUUCUGGCAUUUUCUUUGUUACCGUGUGUCAGAUGAAUACCAUUAUAAAUGGGUUAACUAUUCGUAUGGCCAAUUUAAAGAGUGACGAAGAUACUUCUCCACUUCCUGAAGUGACAGGGGAAUCCAGUUCUGAACACGAGAAUGAUGAUGAGGUACUUGACCUGAGUUCAAUUAUGCCAGACACUACAGGCACUGUUGAACUCCCAAGGGCUGACACUAGAGUCUCAUAUUCUAACAGCUCUUUUGGUUUCACAGAAGCUAACCAAGUUCAGAAUGAGUCUUCUAUUAAUGAGACAAAGGAUAAACCUUAUCAUAUCUAUGGGUGGUACUUCAUGAACACUGAGACCGAUUGGUUCUACAUGCUGGAUUUGGAUGAUGAGCCGAUUUUGGAGAACGAUGUUGGUCCAAAGAAGAAUUUUCAGGAGAAUGAAAAGAUGACAAUCUAUAAUGAGGGUGUCAAUACUGACAGAGGUUUGAACCGGAGUGUGGAUGCGGAUCCAAGUAGUAUGAGAUUUGGUGAAGCGGUGCCCACUCCAAAAUUGAAGCCAGAGGACAACAAUCACAGCGAUACGACUCUGAUUGUAACUCUUCAGCCUUCAAAUACCAACACGAACCAUGACCUGACUGCUUGUACUCCCUCAGACGUGAACUUACCUGAAAUUCCUCCUAAUGGUCAUUCUUCAUUGGACCCAACUUCGAACAACCAGACGGAUAAUGACGCCAAGAACAAUAGACUGAAAAAGAUAAAGAAGCUGAAAAAGAAAAGACAUAAUACUAAGAGGAGAACUUCUCCCACUGCUAAGAAAUGA